CCUGUGCUCAUGGUCUAUGGCUUGGAUCAAUCUAAGAUGAACUGUGAUCGAGUCUUCAAUGUCUUCUGCUUGUAUGGCAAUGUGGAGAAGGUGAAGUUCAUGAAAAGCAAGCCAGGGGCUGCUAUGGUAGAGAUGGCUGAUGGCUAUGCUGUGGACCGGGCUAUAACUCACCUGAACAACAACUUCAUGUUUGGGCAGAAGAUGAAUGUCUGUGUCUCUAAGCAGCCAGCCAUCAUGCCCAGUCAGUCAUAUGGGCUAGAAGAUGGGUCUUGCAGUUACAAAGACUUCAGCGAAUCAAGGAACAAUCGGUUCUCCACCCCAGAGCAGGCAGCCAAGAACCGCAUCCAGCACCCCAGCAAUGUGCUGCACUUCUUCAACGCCCCCCUGGAGGUGACUGAGGAGAACUUCUUUGAGAUCUGCGAUGAGCUGGGAGUGAAGCGACCAACUUCUGUGAAAGUAUUCUCAGGCAAAAGUGAGCGCAGCUCCUCUGGGCUGCUGGAGUGGGAAUCCAAGAGUGAUGCCCUGGAGACCUUGGGCUUCCUGAACCAUUACCAGAUGAAAAACCCAAAUGGCCCCUACCCGUACACUCUGAAGUUGUGCUUCUCCACUGCUCAGCAUGCCUCCUAAUUAGGGGUCCAGGAAGAGCCACCUAAGCAGGAAAACGGUUCUUUCAUUUUUGCCAUUGGGGUUUUUUGUUGUUUUUUCUUUUUGCAAAAAAAA